CACAGCUACUGCAUACAAGCUGUGACGUGCUUUUAAGAUAUAAUGGCAGCAUGCUCUUAAUAGCAGGGAGGGGAUGACUUAUCAGAGUGGCAAAGGGGCUGGGAGGCAAGUCCUGCUGCAGUCCUAAAAAGUGUACAGCUGUCAGAUACCCAGAGAAGAGGAAGGGUGUGCGAGAGCAACCGUUCCUGGUUGCGAGCUUCAGGGGUUUGUGACAUCGUGGUUCUUGGGAACGCUGGAAUCUGAGUGCAGCUACUGAAAAGUCACACAGCUGGCAGUGAAUGCUACUCUCCUUUCAAGGCUGAGUGGACGAUUAGUGAGCGGAUGGGCUCUGCUGGGAAGGCUUGUCCUCACACCAUGACAGCUGACGAGUCAGAAGCUGGAGAGUUAGCUCUGGAGCCCCUGCUCACUUGCAAGCUAUGUCUCUGUGAAUACUCCUUGGAUAAGAUGACCACUCUUCAGGAAUGCAGCUGCAUCUUUUGUACAUCGUGCCUAAAACAGUACAUGCAGCUGGCAAUUCAAGAAGGUUGUGGUUCUCCUAUCACGUGUCCAGACAUGGUAUGCUUGAACCAUGGGACCCUACAAGAAGCAGAGAUUGCCUGUUUGGUGCCUGUUGACCAGUUUCAGUUAUACAAGAGGCUGAAGUUUGAACGAGAAGUCCACUUGGACCCCCAGAGGACAUGGUGCCCUGCAGCCGACUGCCAAACGGUGUGCCAUAUUGCACUGAGCGAGUCGGGAGCGCUGGUGCCGGUGGAGUGCCCGGCUUGCCGCCUGAAGUUCUGCUCCUCUUGCAAGGAGGCAUGGCACCCGCAGCGCCUGUGCCAGGAAAACCAAACUACUCCAGUACCAACUGAGCAGGGUUCACUUAUUGGAACGGAGACAGAGGCACCAAUUAAGCAGUGCCCAGUUUGUCGGAUCUAUAUUGAACGGAACGAGGGCUGUGCUCAGAUGAUGUGCAAGAACUGCAAGCACACAUUUUGCUGGUACUGUCUACAGAACUUGGAUAACGAUAUCUUCUUAAGACAUUAUGACAGAGGCCCUUGCAGAAACAAGUUGGGCCACUCGCGGGCUUCUGUGAUGUGGAACAGAACGCAGGUUGUGGGGAUCCUUGUUGGACUAGGUAUCAUAGCAUUGGUGACCUCUCCCUUGCUGCUUGUGGCAUCUCCAUGCAUCAUCUGCUGCAUUUGCAAAUCUUGCCGAAGCAAAAAGAAAAAACACAGCCCGCCAACAACCUAAAACUUCGUGUCUCUUUGAGCCUCCAUCUGUACAGCAUAUGUAUGUGAGAAAGCACAAUGGUUGUAUUUUGGUGCCAUACCUACCAAAUAAUACUCCCUUUUCUUGCCAAUUCUUGGGAUAAGUGCCUAUUCUUUACAGGCUACUCUAUCACUAACAAGUCCCAGCAUGGGAAAAGUCUAGAUGAUUGUGCAGUACAUAUGAUAUAGGUUUUUGCUUUCUAAAAGGAAAACAGGACACCGUUCAGUAGUUCAUAUCCUUAAAUAUGAGCCACCUUUUGAGACUGCUAGAACUUUACCAUCUUCCAUCAGCUGCACGUGACUUGAUCCUGCAGUAUUACUCUGCCUUCGCAGACCCAGUCGUUACUGUCAUGCUUUCUGUUGGUUCUCGGUGACACUCAGAUUUCUUAGAAAGUUUUGGGUAUUCUGUAAAAGGGGGAGAGGGAAAAGCCUGAUGAAGUUCUUCUGCCUGCUAGCUUGUCUCCCGUUAAAGGUAACAAACUGUUAAGAAAAUAUAUUUGACAGUUUCCUGUCAACUGGCUGCCAUGGCAUUUCUUUCAGCAUUGAAAUCUAUUUGAUUUAUACUAUUGAUCUCAAUUAUAGAAGUAAAACCAACAAAACUAUUUCUAACUAAGAUUCUCUCUUCUGAGAGACAGGACUACCUUGAGAAAGCUAUUAUUUUUUCAGAUCAAACAUGACAUAUCUACCUUGAAAUAUCAGGAGUAUGCAUAUUUCCCUGCCAUUGGGCAUGCCUGUUGUCAGUAACAUGGGUGUAGCAAACUCACCAUGAAGCUAAUAUUUUAAGAAAGGCCAUGAUACAGUCCCUAUUUUCUGUGCAGUAUUGGGAUCUUGGUUGUGCAUAUAUAGAGUGGCCGUAUGGGUGUGGAUAUACCGAGCACAUAUGCACAAUUUAUUUUCUAGGCAGUCAGUAUAUUUUUUCAACAGUUUACAUGGGGUGGCAGCAAGAACCCUGUUAAAAAGUUACUCAGAUCAGGCUAAGCCAAACCCUCCUUUAAAACCUUACAGACCUGCUGAAGUGAAUACUUGAGAAAUGCUGUGUAAAUGUAAGCUCCAUCCAUUGGCGGGUAUUUCUUCUGUCCCGCCCAAGGUUAACAAACUCUGUUACCGAUAAUUUUUAGUUACUCUAAAUCUGAAAGGCUGUCAUUUAAUGAACCCUUCAUUUUAAUUUGGUGCCUCACCACCAAACUAAUUCAGACCCUGGUAUCAGUUACACCUGUAUAAGUUCGCUGAAACCUCACUGAAGAGCUGGAGUUACUCCAGGCUCACUCAGGAGUAGCUGAGAUCAGACCCUGCUUCCUGGAAUUUAUUUCCUUGAUGGCUGGUGCUCCUCACAACCCUGGCCGGUGGUGGCUUUUGUUCUGGACUCCCAUCUGUGCAUUUUAUAUCUGUGGGAAUUGAUACGAGUUUGCACUAUAUAAUCUGUUGUAAUUCCAAACCCCUUUCGGUAAGGGCUGCAAGGUUUAAAUGAGAUGCUCAGCCUGAGCGUUGUGUCGAGCUCACCCUCUGCCGGUCUGCCCUCCGCCAUGCACACAGUGUGAGGCACCCGAAGAGUGCUGUGAAGAGCGUCUUUGCUGUUGCAUUUGGCCGAGCCUCAGGAACUUUGCCUUCUUGGCAGCCAUAAAUGUGACCUUUUUCUUUGUUCACGCUCUGGUUACUAUAACAGAACUGGUAGAUGUUCUUAUUUUAAGAAAGUGUAGUCUGUUGAGCAGACUAGCAGGGACAAAAGCCUUAAAUGAUAUUGUCUGUUUUACUUUCUAAUUGAUUUCUUUUAUAAAUACUGUCUGCCUUUGCUACCAGUUGUGACUGGAGGGCAGGCAGUGUGCUCGCCAAUGUGAAAAGCUAUAUUUAUUCUCCAUCCACAGCUUCGAAGGGAAGCAGAAAGGUAGUCAGUACAUUCUAAAUACAGAGUGCAAUGCAGGCAACUGCCAUUUAUAAUAAAUAGAGAAUGUUUUCUUUAUGUGUUUUCUUUAAGAGCGGUAAUGGUAGUGCUUGGGGGUACUUGUGACAUUUUAAAGUGUCCAGCCCUUGGCUUUUCACUAUUUUUCUACCUACGUUUUUAUGGCACUACUGUCAUUUCCAUUUUAUUUAUGAACUUGCAAUUGAGAGUCUUAUUUAACAAAGCCUCAAGGACAAAGAUACAGGAGCUGUACAGUCUUUUUAACCAUAACCAGCAUUGCAAUGUACCAAUAUCCUUUGCAUGUUAAAAUUUGUGUUUUUUUCAUGUUUUGUGGCCUUACCUAUGUCCAGUGCACCCUCUGCUAGUCCGGUUUCUUUCCUUGUCCUCUCCCUCUUUCCCUUGGCCUGUUUUUGCUAAAAUGCCUAAUGGAAUGAAGGUGUCUCAGUUUUUUUCAUUAAUACUGCUGUGUUAAUGAAACUGCCAAGUUCUUCCCUCUGUUAAAGAAAUACAACUGAAGGCAGUUGUCUUGCCCAGAAUAAACUAAUGGACACAAGGUCACCAUUUGUAUUGUAAUACAGAUUUGACCUUUUUCGGUUCUUUAAAUGUUGUCUAAAGUUAAUGCAGAUCUCUCCAUGGAGUGGGAAUUUGCUUAAAUGGUUUGAAGGAUAAUGUUUUAUAAAAGCAUUGCACACGUGCAUAGCUGUAAAGUCUGGGAAAACAACACUAUUCAGUUUAUUUUUAACUCCUCAGUCUGAGUGCAGGGUAACUUCUUUCAGAGGCUAAUACCUACAGAACAGAAGGGAGGUGUGCCUUUUCCGUGUGCACAUUUUAUUGCCGGUGCUAGUUUAGGUGCCUGGUGGGGGUACCAACAGUGGUAGAAAUUCAGCAUGCAGGUGUUAGCACAACCUGACAGCCAGAAUGCCAGUCCAGGCAUCUAAGGAGCCUGUAUGCAGAUUGGUAGCAGUGGCCCAGGCUUUAGCUGGGGGUCUUUACAUAAAAGCUGGAUAAGGAGAGCAUGAGCUACAGGAACACCUUCCUUUGGCCGUGUAGAUGCAACAAAUUGACCAAGAAAGAAGCUCUAGAAAUACUUUAGAGCUUAAAAUAGAAGUCUUCCAAAGAUUAUUUUGUUUAAAAAGCAGUGUCCAGUGCACCAUGUAUCCUGGCUUUUCAUUGCAUGGGGAUACUUGAGCACGUGCAUUAGGUAGACCCUGACCUGGCCAGCACAUGAGGACGCACUAAUUCUGCCGAGUAAGAGCUGUACCUGUGCUGAAGUGCUGGGAGCAGUAGGGCCCUGUUGCCUUGUUUUCCAGAAGGCAGCUAUUUUGCACCAACUGAUCAUGUUCACAGAGUUCCCAGAGAACCAUUUUAGUGAGAACCUUUUUACAGUGUUUGUUUUUUGUUUGUU